GCUUCUUAAAUCCAAUAUCAACAAAAGUUGUCAGUUGAAAACAAGGCAAGCUUGGAUCAAGAUAGAUCAAAAAUCUAUAGAAUAAUAAUAAUAAUAUCUGGCAAAAAUGUCACUGUACAACCCAGCUUGGAGUGAUGUUGUGGUGGGUAAAGGGACUGGGAUAGUUGAUCAGAGCAAAGAAAGGCGAACCAGAAAUCAGUUGGAUGUUUUGUCUGAGGAACAAAGCGGGAUGUUUCUCUGUCAUCCGAUACAUCGAGAGAAAUGGAAGGUAGAGGAGUCAGAGAGAGUAUCCUAUGAGAUAAUCCCCGCAGGAUUUGUAUCCUUUAUGUCAAACGAGAUGUACAUCGAUGAUCCUGAUACUGUAAAGAAGGAUAUAAUGAACGCCAACUACGCAAACAAACCAUUGCAAUGGCCUAUCACAGCCAAAUCAAAUAUACCAAAAGAACUUCAGUAUGAUAUCUUGGAAAUAAUUAUCAUAGCUCUAGAAAAGUUUCCCUGGAAAAAUUUGGAGAUUUGUCAUUACAUCAAG